AUGGCUCCCGGAAAGCCGGUCUUGAAGGCCACGGUCAAUUCAUGUUCUGCUGUUGAGAACCACCACGCCAGCAAUAAGCAGAAUCAGAACAAGGCCUUGGAGAAGAUCCAGAUUCUAGCUGCCCCCAACUCGAAGAAGAACCCACUUGUUGAUAAAGAGGCCGCCAACCGUUGUCCUCCUCCUCCUAGACUUCCUGCGACUCAUCAACUCCCCUCUGAGGAGCAGAAGAAAGCUAAUGGCCGAUACUCCGGCCGGCAGCUGGUGCAGUGGAACCGUCAGCCGGUUGCCGAGAAGUUCUUGCUCGCACUCACCUUUGAAUGCGAAAAGAAGGGCAUCGAAUUACCAUGGGACGAUGCUGCCCAUAGGUUCCGGCCCAACGUCACUGGCAACGCGGCCAGACAAUACGUCGCAAAGAUGCCCAAGCGACACCUCGAGGAGGGACGAGUCGUGCCCCCACGAGGAAACCUCAGACGGUUCGACAACCGAGACACCCGGGGAGUUGUCCUGGAUAAGGACACAGGCGAACCGCGUGCUGUCUCCUGGGACGAGGACAUUGACGAGCCGGAUAAGUUUCCCGUCGAUGAGCAGACGGUCACGAUGGAAACAGAGGAAGACGCCGCCUCCGCUCUGACCCAGCACCCCUCAACGGUCCCGUCAUUCGAGGACUACUGGCAACAGGGAGCGAUCCAGCAGUCUAUCGACCCUGCCCUAGGAGGAUUCCCUCUCAUGGGAGAUUUUGCCCCUAUGGGAGGAUUUCCUCAGAUGGGAGGACCCCAGAUGGGAUUUCCAAUCGCCCCCGACCAUAGCUUCAACAUAGAGACGGCGGCGGGCUCACAGCCUUUCAGUAGCUACGCCGAGCUUCCCAGCGCACACCAGCUCCCUUCGCAACCCGGCACGAUGGCUGGUGUUCCCAAUCUUGACUGGGCCGAGGCCUUUGGAAAUGCCAACAACGGCAGCGAACUUCCUCCGCCUGUUCCUGAUUGGGUAAAGUACAUGGCCGAAGAUAUCCAAGACGAUGAUGGCGACUUUGGAAAGGGCAAGUAA